CCCGGCCCCGCCGGACCCGCCGCCGCACAGAAGAUGGCGGACGACCCCAGCGCCGCCGACCGCAACGUGGAGAUCUGGAAGAUCAAGAAGCUCAUCAAGAGCCUGGAGGCGGCGCGCGGCAAUGGUACCAGCAUGAUAUCACUGAUCAUUCCCCCCAAAGACCAGAUCUCGCGAGUGGCGAAAAUGCUGGCGGACGAGUUUGGCACUGCCUCCAACAUUAAGUCUCGAGUGAAUCGCCUUUCAGUACUGGGAGCCAUUACAUCUGUACAGCAAAGACUGAAACUCUAUAACAAAGUACCUCCAAAUGGUCUGGUUGUUUACUGUGGAACAAUUGUGACAGAAGAAGGAAAAGAGAAGAAGGUCAACAUUGACUUUGAACCUUUCAAACCAAUCAAUACGUCGUUGUAUUUGUGUGACAACAAAUUCCACACAGAGGCCCUCACGGCGCUGCUCUCCGACGACAGCAAGUUUGGCUUUAUUGUAAUAGAUGGGAGUGGGGCACUCUUUGGAACCCUGCAAGGAAACACACGAGAAGUCCUGCACAAAUUCACUGUGGAUCUUCCAAAGAAGCAUGGUCGGGGAGGUCAGUCCGCCCUGCGCUUCGCUCGCCUGCGGAUGGAGAAGCGGCACAACUACGUGCGCAAGGUGGCCGAGACGGCCGUGCAGCUCUUCAUCUCCGGGGACAAGGUCAACGUGGCCGGGCUCGUCCUGGCUGGGUCAGCUGAUUUCAAAACUGAACUCAGUCAGUCUGACAUGUUUGAUCAGCGGUUGCAAUCCAAAGUGCUCAAACUAGUUGACAUUUCAUAUGGAGGAGAAAAUGGGUUCAAUCAAGCGAUUGAAUUGUCAACUGAGGUCCUCUCCAAUGUGAAAUUCAUCCAAGAGAAAAAACUAAUAGGACGAUACUUCGAUGAGAUCAGUCAGGACACGGGGAAGUACUGCUUUGGUGUGGAAGAUACACUAAAAGCUUUGGAAAUGGGAGCAGUAGAGAUACUGAUAGUCUAUGAAAACCUGGAUAUAAUGAGAUAUGUCCUGCACUGCCAAGGCACGGAGGAGGAGAAGAUCCUGUAUUUGACACCAGAACAAGAGAAGGAUAAAUCCCACUUCACAGAUAAGGAGACUGGGCAGGAACACGAACUGAUAGAAAGUAUGCCCCUCCUGGAGUGGUUUGCAAACAACUACAAGAAAUUUGGAGCAACAUUGGAAAUUGUUACAGACAAAUCACAAGAAGGAUCCCAAUUUGUGAAAGGAUUUGGAGGAAUUGGAGGUAAAUUGCAAGAGAAAAAUGUAGGGGUGGGGGUUUAGUGGUUGAUUUGAUAG